AUGGAAUAUCCAGUUCCAACCUCGCCGUCCUCUCCGGCUACGAGCUCAACGCCAUUAUCCUUCAAGACUCCUACACCGUCGCCUGCUCCCACACUACUUGUCUCGACGCCAUCACCUGCUCCCCUUCAGUAUCCCGAGCCUCCAGACGAAUUUGUACAAGACAACAUCACGUACUUGAAUCGCGAAAAGACCACAAAGAAAGCAGCCCGUCUGGGCUCAUCAUAUGUAUGGAAGUAUGGUCUUCGCUACAUCCGAGACAGUGAUAAGAAAGAAGUGUAUUACUGCCACGAGUGUGCAGCCGGAAAGCAUAAGCAAGAGCUAUUUAUUAUCAAUGGCAGAAUCGAUUCCCUGAAGAUACUGACCUUCCACCAGCGUACUAUGCAGCUCAGAUACUCGACCCAUAUCGAAAGUGGGCAUGGUUCAGGCAAGAAUGGGUACUCCAAGCCGGAAAAGAAAAACAAAUGUAGUUUGAUAACGCACAAUCUGCGGUGA